UUCGCGGGAAAAGUGAAAAAAUGGCGACAGUCGAAAUUUGAAGUUUAGCGCCACGAAAACGGAGCCAGAGAGAGACAGGACGGAGAGAGAGACAGGACGAAGAGAGAGACAGGACGAAGAGAGAGACAGGACGAAGAGAGAGACAGGACAAAGAGAAGAGAGAGACAGUGACAGACAGACACACUGAAGACACGGACGGUCUGUCUGUCGGUCCAACCUGUCUGUCUGUGUGUCUGUCGGGUUGUCUGUGGAGGGAGACAGGUGGAGGAGGAUGUUUGAGGACCUGAGGGAAGCCCUCUCUUGUCUGGAGCCUCAGGUGUCUCCGGGGGGCGGGGCAUGUCGGAGGGGGCAGGGCCUGGACGAGGGGGAGGAGUCCAGUCUGAGUGUUGGACAGUACGUCCUCUGUCAUUGGUCAGAUGGACUGUAUUACCUGGGCAAGAUACAGAGGGUGAGCCCCCCCAGGCAGAGCUGCUUCGUCACAUUUGAGGACAACUCGAAGUUCUGGGUCCUCUGGAAGGACAUCCAACAUGCUGGAGUGCCGGGGGAGGAGCCUCGCUGCUCUGUGUGUGGGGAGGUGGAGCCAAACUCUGACAGCCAAUCAGAGCACAGCAACCAGAUCCUGAUCUGUGGGAAGUGUGGCAUCGGUUUCCACCAGCAGUGCCAUGUUCCUCCAGUAGAGGGCAGCAUCAGUCUCAGUCCCUGGUUCUGCCGCCGUUGUGUCUUCGCUCUGGCUGUCAGGAAAGGGGGCGCUCUAAAGAAAGGUCCUAUAUCCAAAGCUCUGUCAGCCAUGAAGCAGGUGUUACCGUACGAGCUGGACUCUCUGGACUGGGACUCCCAACACCGGACCAAUCAACAGCAGUGUUACUGUUACUGUGGCGGUCCCGGAGAGUGGUACCUGAAGAUGCUGCAGUGUCUCAGGUGUCAGCAGUGGUUCCACGAAGCCUGCACACAGUGUCUGCAGGAGUCCAUGAUGUUUGGAGACAGGUUUUAUAUCUUCCUGUGUUCGGCGUGUAAUAAAGGAUCUGAGUACGUCCGCCGGCUCCCUCUGAGGUGGGUGGAUCUGGUUCACCUGGUUCUCUACAACCUGUCUGUCAGCAGCAAGAAGAAAUACUUUGAGCUGGACGAGAUCCUCGCCUUCGUCUCUGAGAACUGGGACCACCUACAGCUCGGGAAGCUGUCUAACACUCCCCUGUCAGAGAGAGGGCAGCAUCUGCUGGACGCUCUGAAUAAAUACAAGAGCAAGUUUCUGUGUGGGAAGGAGAUUAAGAAGAGGAAGUGUAUCUUCCGUCUGAGGACCAGAGUUCCUCCCAACCCGCCCUCCAAGCUCUUUCCUGAGCGCGCUCAGAACGAUAGAGGACGGGGCCGUAAGAAGGGCGUGGUGAAGAACAGUGCUUCAGCUGAGAGGAAGAAGAGGAAGUCCAAGUGGCUACUAGAAGAUGCCAUUCCUAAUAACGAGCUGUCCUGCAGUUGGACGUCCAACCAUCACAUGGCCAACAUCUUUGACUUCACCCUGGACGAGCUGCAGAGCCUCAAGAGUAGUUCCAGUAGGACUGUCAGUAUUGAUCAGGACUCCACUGACGCCUCCACUUCAGGUUCUGCUACAACCAGCGCCUCCUAUCACUUCAGAAGGAGGGUGGGCAGCAGGAAGAGGAAGUUGCCUAGCAACAGCUACAGCCAGUGGGCCAAUCGCAGUGAAGCGGGGGAGGAACUUGGAGGGGAGGAGCCUUCUGGGAUGCUGGAGGACCAAGAAGCUACGGAUCACACCCACCUGACAACAGACUCCUCCCACUUCCUGUCAGACCCCUCCCAGAUUCCCUCUGACUCCUCCCACCUCCACUCCUCCAUCUCCUCGUAUUUUGGAGUGGCGGGCAGGCUGACCAAUGGGGAGAGGUACCAGGUGUUGGCUCGCCGUGUCACUCCUCAGGGAACGGUGCAGUACCUGUUGGAGUGGGAGGGGACGACUCCUUAUUAGGACGUUUACAACCGCGGUUAGAUGUGACGCUCUGAUUCCUCUUCCUCCUUUCUCACUUCCUGAUCAGCGUCCAGUCAGAGCUCAGUUACCUCAUGAGUAAUGGAGGAGUAUUAACGUCACCAUGACAACAGUCAAUGUGACCAGUUUUAAUGUGAGUUAAUGUUUUUAAACCAUAAAAGUUACUGUUGAUUUAUUUUUCUCCAAAACCAAAUAAUUCAUUCUUUUUUUUAAUUUCAGUUGCCUAGCAACGGUAUUCUCACAAUGUAGGGUUAGUUUCCUGUCUCACAUCUGUCCCUGCACACCUGUCUCACUUCUGUGCCCACAAACCCGUCUCACUUCUGUGCC